UACCUCGUCGUCGUCGACGCCGGCAGCAGCGGCUCCCGCGCGCACGUCUUCAGCGUGCGCGACGCCGUCGAUCUGCGGCGCGCGUCUAAACGCAUGCCGCGCGUGAAGGCCGAGGGCGUCAUGCGCGUCGUUCCCGGCCUCUCCUCGUUCGCGGACGACCCCGCGUCCGCGGGCGCGUCGCUGCGCCCGCUGUUCGACUUUGCGCGAACGCUCGUCCCGGAGGACGCGCGCGCGGACACGCCGCUCAUGCUUCUCGCCACGGGCGGCGUCCGCGAGCUGUCGACGAAGAACCCGCGCGCGUCGCGGCGCGUCCUCGCGUCGUGCGUCGACGCCCUGCGCGCGCAAUCGUCGUUCCAGUUCUCGCCGCGCUACGCGUACGUGUUGCCCGGGAGCAAGGAGGGGCUGUACGCGUGGGUCGCCGCGAACUACGCGGGCGGGACGCUCGGGGAGGUGACGUCCAAGCAUCUCGGUGUGCUCGAGCUCGGCGGCGCGUCGCUGCAG